AUGCACUGGGUUGCGUAUGCCUUGGCUGUGACUGAUCUCGCGGUCAUUCCAGGAGUAGACACAACUGCGCGCGAUCGACUGGAGUCAGCCGCCACAGUAGUUCUACCUCCCGGCCACAGUCCCGACCCUUUUGACCCAUCAGCUCCAAAUUGCCAAGAUUGGCUGCAAAAUUACGUCCGAAAGCUUGUCGAAGAGGGCCUCAUUGCUGGCAGCGCCAUCUCCGUGGUCCAAAAUGCUCCAAAGCUGCUGUGA